AUGUUGGAUGACGGAUACUCCAAAUUCCCAGAUACACCGUUCCGGGUACCGGCCCCCACAAGUACUAAGAUUAUAAUUCCACCAAAAUUUGUGAAGGAACUGAGGAACUAUCCAGAUUCCAAACUGAGUUUUAAUGCUGCUAUUUAUGAUAUCCUGGGGCUAAAGAGAGUUGAGCUACAAUCCCUAGGGGAAGAUAAUACUCCUCAUCAGAAGAUGACUAGAUCACAACUUACAGCUAAUCUCGCAAAACUAAUUGCCCCAAUGCUAGAUGAAUCUAAAUACGCAUUUCAAGUUGAGAUUGGGUCAGCCAAAGAAUGGAAAGCCGUGCCCCUUCAUUCGACUAUAGUUCAUAUUAUCGCCCGCACCUCAUCUCGCGUUACCGUUGGUGAGGAAAUCUGCCGCAACGAGGACUGGCUCCGCGCCUCUACGGGAUUUUCAAAAGACAUCUUCGACAACGCAUUCUGCAUGUUUCUCUUCCCCAGCUUUAUGCGGCCCCUCGCAGUCUUCCUGUUACCAUUUCGGCGUAGGAUCCGCUGCCAAAGAAUGGAGUCGCGAAAGAUCCUGGGCCCAACUUACACGCAGCGACUAGCAGAUACAGAGGCGGGCAAGCCGAGGGUUGAGGAUGUGUUUGGUUGGAUGGUAGCCAAUGCACUGCCCAAACAGCGGAACAUAAAUGAUCUGGUCGAUUACCACCUAGCCCUGAGCUUAGGAGCGAUCCAGGUGCCAGCGAGUACACUAGUUAGCAUAAUAUAUGAUUUGGCCGCACGACCGGAAUAUAUUGAGCCAAUACGAGAGGAGAUUAUACAGGCCGUGACGGAGGAUGGUGGGCAGAUAAACAUGUCAACACUGGCGAAGUUGAUGAAGAUGGAUAGCUUCAUGAAGGAAUCUCAGCGGUUCAACGCCGUUUUAACCUCCUUUUCCCGAAAAGCCCUCCAGUCUUUUCACCUCUCGGAUGGGACCCACAUCCCCGCAGGCUCCAUACUCGGAGCAUCCGCAGUUUCUGUCCAUUUUGACCCUAAAUACUAUGAGAACCCGGACGAGUUUGAUGGAUUCCGCUUCUACAAGAUGCGACAGCAGAAGGAUGCAAUCAACAAGCACCUAUUCGUAUCUGUCUCCCCUACGGAGAUCAAUUUUGGAUACGGGGCCCACGCUUGCCCGGGGAGGUUCUUUGUGGCUAACAAGAUCAAGGUCCUGCUGGUCAGGAUGUUGAUGAAGUAUGACUUCAAGUAUCCUGAGGGUGAGAGCAGGCCAAGGAAUAUAACGUUGGGGGAUGCAACACUGACGAAUACGACGAGAAACUUGAUGAUGAAGGAGAGAGUAGAUGCGCCCAAGUGGGACUUUUUGUGA